AUGCGCAAGCGCAAUGUGCCUAUUGGCGUUUACCGAUCCUUUUUCCGGAUUUUCAGCUCGGUCUUCCGGGAGGUUGGAGGUGAGAGACCGAGUCAGCAGGGGGCGCGGUCUCGGUGGCGGGCGUGGGCGUGGCCUCAUCAGCCGGGCGGGGCCUCGGAUGAGUGGGUGGGGCCCGGGGGCGGCGGUAGCGGAAUAGAGUCUGGCGGGAGCGGGGCUGCUCCGAGGGGCGGGGCCGGCAGGUCCGGGCGGAGCGUGGAAGUAGCCGGGCGGGGUCGCGGGGCGCCGCGCUCAGCCUCCACCGCUGGGUGGGCAACUAGCGCGGGUCUGGCGGAGCGCGGCAGCGCUCGGAGAUCGCGAGGCGAUCGGGAGCGGCUGGGCCCCCGGCGGGGCGCACCUCGGCUGGGCCGGGAGCCGCGCCAGUCGGUGCCCCCAGCCGAGCGCGGUCCGCCUCCCUCCCAGCGAUCAGCCGUCCGGAGUGUGACCAGAGGGCAUGCCGGAUCCACCAGGGGCGCCGCCGCCUGCGCUCGCAGGACGCGGGUGAAGAAGAAAGCACGGCCUCGCUCGGCCCGGAGCGAAGAGGUGACCCGGAGCGAAGAGGUGACCCGGAGCGAAGAGGGGUCCCGGAGCGAAGAGGCGGUCGGAAGCGAAGAGGUGGCCCUAAGUGAAGAGGUGGCCCGGAGCGAGGAAAUGGCGGCAGCCGGGCUCAGCGUAACCGUCACCCACAGCAAUGAGAAGCACGAUCUUCAAGUUAUCCCACAAGAAGGCUGUAGUGAACCAAUUGUCCAGGACCUGGCCCAGGUUGUUGAAGAGGCCACAGGGGUCCCGCUGCCUUUUCAGAAACUCAUAUUUAAGGGAAAAUCUCUGAAGGAAAUGGAGACGCCAUUGUCAGCACUUGGAAUACAAAAUGGUUGCCGGGUCAUGUUAAUUGGGAAAAAGAACAGUCCAGAGGAAGAAGUUGAAAUAAAGAAGUUGAAAGAUUUGGAGAAGUCUGUGGAGAAGAUAGCUGACAAACUGGAAGAGUUGAGUAAAGAGCUUACUGGAAUCCAGCAGGGUUUUCUGGCCAAGGAUUUGCAAGCUGAAGCUCUCUGCAAACUCGACAGGAGAGUAAAAGCCACAAUCGAGCAGUUUAUGAAGAUCUUGGAAGAGAUUGACACACUAGUUCUGCCAGAAAAUUUCAAAGACAGUCGAAUGAAAAGGAAGGGUUUGGUGAAAAAGAUUCAGGCGUUCCUAGCUGCGUGUGAUACAGUGGAGCAGAGCAUCUGCCAGGAGACGGAGCGACUGCAGGCCACAAACUUGGCCUUGGCUGACUGAGGUGAGGCGGAGAAGGCUGUGCUGCCUUGAAGAACAGCUCCACCAGCUCUGCAUUCUCUGGAACAGAAGUUACGUGCUUUCCCCGGGGCUGCUGGGGACAACUGGCUGAUUGCAAGUUUUCCUUCUCUUAUACCUGCUCUCAGUGAACACUUGUCUGUGCAAUCUUAGCAUACCUGUCAGUUUCUCAUUCCGUCUGUGUAUAUCUGUGCUGUCCAGCAGCCCACCUUGUCUGGAGAGGGCCUCCUCUGCCCAAGUCUUCCCAGCAUUUUUGACCUUUGGAUGCUUUCUUUGGGCUGGUGAGAGCUCUCAUUUGUCCUGAGGUAGUUCUGGGUUUAUCAGCUAUCCUGUCUUCAGAUACAUGAGGCCGUUUUGCCCUUAUGAUCCCAUAGUCCCAUCUGUGUAAACCAGAAUCACCAGGAGGCUACAUCUGGUCAGGAAUGUUAGGAAUGGCUCAGAACAGGUGUUUGGCACACAGGUAGUCCAAGUAUUUCUCAUUGUGACCUAAUUCUGGAACAGCUGGCUGGGUUGUGGGUUCAUAGACCCUGUCUUCACCCCGCAGUGACCCUGACCAGUCACAGGCCGUGAGGUCUCAGGGGGCUGCUCCUGGACUGGGGCCUGUGGUUGAUCCAUGGGCUUCCUUGUCCCCAAGCAGAUCUCUAGGAGGUUACAGCCCAGAGUUGACUAAGUCUCUGCUGGAAACCGGGUCACAACAAUGGCUUAGGAGGGGCAGAGAAGAGAAACAGAGUGAAUAAUAAAGCAGGCAGGUAGUGAGGGCCACCAUAAACUUCUCAGGAGUUCCUUCAAAGGCAUUUCUGUUAACCGUACCCUUCUGAGAUCUACAUGUCCUUCGUAUUCAUUCCAGGCUGUUUUUGUCUGUUGUGUGGCCUUUUUCCCCUUCAUUGUUAUUUAAAAAGUAAAAUAGUUUAUAUAUACAUCAGCAA